AGGGACUUUCACAUGAACACUCCUGCCUGCUGCCACAGUGCGGAGUGAGAGGAACCGCAGGCGACCCUCUGCCGGCAACGCAAGCUUGCCAUCACAGGAAACACUCAAGAUUUCAUCACUUCUGAACAGCACACUACGGAGGGUGGAAAAGACAAAAUGCAAAUGAAAGUCACAAACAACUUCAGCUACUCUGGCAACGGCAGCAACUGCAGCAGCGAUAACAAAAUCAGCCAGGUCAUCUUUCCUUUGCUUUACACACUUCUCUUCCUGGUGGGUCUCACUAUGAAUGGCCUGGCAACGUGGAUCUUCUUUAAAAUAUCCAGUAAAUCCAAUUUCAUCAUCUUCCUCAAGAACACUGUCAUUUCUGACAUCCUCAUGAUCUUGACUUUUCCAUUUAAAAUCCUUAGUGAUGCAAAGUUGGUACCGUGGGUGCUGAGAGGAUUUGUGUGCCAGGUCACCCAGGUUAUAUUUUACUUCACCAUGUACAUUAGCAUUAUGUUUCUUGGGCUAAUAACUAUCGAUCGCUAUCAGAAAGCCACUUCACCAUUCAGAACAUCAACAACUAAAAGCCUUUUCGGUGCCAAGAUCCUGUCCACAGCAAUCUGGAUAUCAAUGUUUACUCUUUCAUUACCCAACAUGAUUCUAACAAACAAGAAAAAAACACCUAAGAAUGUAAAAAAGUGUGCUCUCUUGAAAUCUGAGUUUGGCUUAGUCUGGCAUGAAAUCGUAAACUAUAUUUGCCAACUUAUCUUCUGGGUCAAUUUAGCAGUCAUAGUUGUAUGCUACAUACUCAUAAGUAAGGAACUGUACAAAUCCUACAAAAGGACAAGAUGCACAGGAAAAGCAUCUAAAAAAAAUGUAAAUCUAAAGGUUUUUAUCAUAAUUGCAGUGUUUUUUAUUUGUUUUGUGCCAUUCCACUUCACUAGAAUUCCCUACACUUUGAGCCAAACAAGAGACGUUUUUGAAUGCUCUGCUCAGAACACCUUGUUUUACUUAAAAGAGAGCACGCUGUGGCUGACAUCACUAAAUGCUUGCCUAGAUCCAUUUAUUUACUUUUUCCUUUGCAAAUCAUUUAGAAAAUCCUUGCUAGACACGCUACGCAAGCACACAGAAUCGCCAGAACUCCGAGCACAGAUGGCAGUGCAGAAUGAAGGAGACGACACAGAGGAGACACCCCUCUAGCACAAAGAACUAACCAUGUCCCUACUUGGCCACGUACGUUUAUUUCAGAGACAAGGAGAAAGCAGUAAAAUCCUGCUGAAAGUUAUCUAGAAUUUUGCCAACACCUUUACAAAUUGCCCGACAUCACUGGUUGCAGAAAUGGCAAAAUUUGAAAGCUUGGAUAAAACAAGAGCACCAUCUGACCACAGACUCCAUGCUCGUCAGAAUUUCUAGGAAAAAGUUAGAAUUUAUAGUUGGAGCUGCAAGAAAAAAUUAAACCAGAGUCAUGAAAUCCUAGAGAACAGAAGAUGACCUGCAGAGAUUCUGCAGAAAUAGCUUAAUUUGGGCCAGAGUAAAGUCCAUGACAACACAAGAGCCAACAGAUGCAAACAAAAUCCACAAUAAACAUAGUUUCUAAAUACACGAAGUUGUUACCUUGCAUGCAACCAUAAGAUAAACAGCAAUAUAGGACAUAUGUAGGUAAACUAUUUAUCUGUGCAGAUACUUGGUAACAGAGUAACAUUUUGUUUAUCUCAUUACAUGCUUGCAGUUCUUAAUCCAUUGACCAAUAAUUGUUUUAUGUCAGAGGAAAUUAUUUCAUAAUCAGGCUUACCUUGAUGUGUGUUCAACCUUCAAAUGCUUCACCUUAUUAUAUGAAAAAUAAAAAAUGUACACUUUUAUAGAGAACAAAAUACUAUAUUGGAAAAUGCACAAAGAUCCAAUCUACACAAUACUUAGAUCUUAGUGAAAGAAAAACUAAUUGUAAAAUCUUUACUAAUUAUUAAGGGCAGCCUGUUUGCACUAUACAAGAAUUGUAACCAUUUAUGCCUUUUCAUUUGGAAAAGUGGGAAAAAGGAGGAAGGUAUUCUCAGGAACAAUUAUCAUUAUAAUUACACAUGAAAAAUACGCAAGGCUAAUGUAAUAAACUAUGUUUCAUUUAGCAUAGCUGCAAAACAGCUCCCAGUCAGCAAAAAUGUUCCACCAGCAAACAAGAGCUCAGACCUGCCCCAAGCCGAUGUCCCGCCUACACUUUUCCAGCAGUCAUCUGGUCCCUGGCAAGGCACAGGGAGCUUCCAAGACUGAUACCGAACUUCCUAAAACAUCAGAACACAGUUCACUUACUUCAGCACUCAGCCUUGGAGCUGAUGUGUCUCUUAUAACCUGCCUGCCUAAAUCAAGGAUUUCACAAACUUUCUGUGUACAGCUUAUGCUGGUGUACAAUCCAGCACUGAUUGCAAUCAGUGUUGGGUUUCGCUGCAGAAAAUAGGGCACCAUUAUUUCCCUGAAACCUGCAGCAUUGCCAGUCACUUCUGAGUGCAUUUUUGGCAACCACCUGGGCCCAGGAGACUGACCAGCUCCCAGCUGAUGCCUGGGACUUGCGGGAUGCCCCUUUUCCACCCAACACCCAUUCUCCACAUCCUUUGCACAUACACACGGAUUUAUUAUUUAAUUAUCUGCCAGCUGCUUCUCCUGAUCAGAUGGUGUGUUCCAACAACAGACCCUGCAGCUCUGCAUACCACACAGGUGUCACUGAUGCCACACGCAGGCACUUAGUACCUGCCUCUGAAUUUGGGAGCAUUGUCGAGGUGUAAGAGAAGAAAACGUGGAAGAAGCUGACUUGGAAGUUGGUAAUAGCAUAUUGCAACAGUCCACCUCAGCUUUAGAUAGUCUUUGAUGCAUGUCCAGAAGUCAGGUCAGGCAGCUAGGGACAUGUCAAGCUGAUGAUGUUGGCAAGGGUGACCUUCACUUGGUCAUCCUCAAGGCACUGCGCUCUCUGGCAGACUUUUAGCAUCAACAUCAGCGCGUGCAUGUACGUUAAACAAAAUGUAUAUGCCAAUACAUGGACAUUAAUAGUACAGCCCCAGACUGAGAACCUCAAAAAGCAAUCCACAUCUGCCCACAGAAGGACGGCUUCAGCAUGAGCCUGUUCCCACACCACACCAAGCAGGAAGCCAGAAACAGCUGACAAAAAACAGAAGAUAAAUCACAUUACUCAAACAAAACUUUCUGUUUACAGAGAAAUGCAUUAGAUCCCAACAUAGUGCAUAAUAAACACAUAAUAAACACAUAA